AUGUCCCAGCCCACUGGCAAUCAGCCCCCUUCCUGUGGCUCAGGCUGUUCUAGGGCUAUCCACAUGCACUCCUCCAGCCUUAACGUGGGUUCUCCAGGUUCCCCAGAUUCUGCUUCUACAAAUCUUGCAGCUCCUCAUGGUACACAGCAACCGUUGUCAGUGUCUCCCGGUCAUGCUGUUACCCAAGGUAGUGGGGAAUGA